AUGAUGAAUGGACUACACGCAGACCCGCCGAGUUCGAUACCAAAGUCGAAAACUUGCAAGUAAGUCCAAUUUAGUUUAUUAGAAGAUUCAAUUUCCUGUUCUGCUUAAAUAUAAGAUUAAAAUGAGUUUAAACUUUAUAUUUAUGUGAUUCACUGAAAACAAACUAAAACAGACUGUUCUUUUUUUCACGCAGUAAUGUGAUGUACGGUAUGUGGUCCUUGGUCCGCGCAAGUCCGCGAUGCCCUUGGUCCGCGCCUUUUCCGAAAAUGAUAAAAUAUUUCGUCGAGAAAAAAAAUACGUUGAACAAUGAAAGAUAUCGUGAUUUACUGAUUAGCGUUCUUUCAUAUGACGAAGUUUCGGCUUUCUUGCUAUGGGUGAAGGCGCGAAAUUAAAGUUUGUUGAUAGGUAGGUUUAUUUGUCUUUCUUGAAGUUUGGAUUUUUGCGGCACCGUAAAUUACAUGGUCAUAUUUACUUAGCCUGCGAAUAAAUAAAACGCAACGGGAAGACGUGCCUUUUUUCAGAGCAGGUUUUCAGAUCAACUAUUUUCUGCUGUUGGAAGAAUAUUGCUGUAGACUCUGAAGUUUUUGUCUUAUCGACUCUUGAAAAAUAUCACCAAAUUUCGCUUAGCGGUCCUUCGUCCGCGACCUAUGACCUGGUUGAAUAAAACUUCGCAAAAUAAAAAGCGACGGCCUUUGUUUUCGAAGAAUGUUUUGAAAAUCAUCCCUAUACAUGUCUACAAGUUCUCUUUUUUUAAUACCUCGAAUACGUACAGAUUUUUUGGUAAUUAUUUUCGACCGCGCUGAAAACCGCUCGCGAUGCUCGUGUGGGAGACUCGAGGAGACUGUUGUCUGAAGUCUUUGAAAGAAGAGCAGAUUAUUUUAUACUCACAACAUCUUCCGAAAAAAAAUUUCGCUUAAUUGCAUCAAGAGAAGAAAAAAUAUAUGAAAUUUGCUAAAAUGACGUUUUCCUGUCGAAACUAUCACAUUUUUACGUUUUUUCGUGCUGCUUACCUGAGACGCGGACCAAGGACCACAUUCGCGGACCAAAGACCAUCGAAAACGGUCGCCUUUGUACGAGCUCCAAGCAAAAUAUUUAUGUCUGGAACUUGAAACUUCAGGAUUAACGACAAGAACAUAAAAGCUAUCUUCAGGGAGUAUUUCAGCUCGUAACGUGAAGAUUCGGGUAAGAUAUUCAAGUUAAUGACUUUUAGACGCGGACCAAGGACCACAUACUGUACUGGACAAGCGAGCACGAUGUCCUGUUAUGCAGAGAGGUUGUUUCCGAGAAUCCGUUCAAAACAAGAAAGGGUUCGUCGCAAAGAAGCGAAAUUUGGGAUAGAAUAGCCAACACUUUGAAUACCUGUUCCAAGCCUGUCUUUGCUGUGGAUAAAAGGUCCGUAAGGGAUCAUGUGGGUAUUUUAAUUAACCGAAUCAAAAAGAAAUUAAGAGCUGAGGAAAGGAGCUCGGGCAUCGCGCCGCCCGAGCCCACAGAACUUGAAAACUUGGUGGAAGAAAUUAUGGCUCUCGAAGAAACAGCUGAUGCAGAAAUGAAAGAGGACGACGAAAGUGUGAAAGGUUAG